AUGCGUCAUUCUUUAGAAUUGAGUUUUCGUGGAUAGCAUGCAAGAAACCAAUGCUCAAGUAGUUCAUCUGAUUCAGCCUUCUAAAAUAUCUGAAAUACUGAAAACUACGUUAACUGGUGGUCUGUAUAUUGCGUUGUUACUUGCUAACGACGGUUCUUUGGUAGCAGGUGCAAGUAUACCUAACGAGGAUGACAAGCCAAGUACAGACUUGGUUGAAAACAACUGGUCUUCCGUUGGAGCACUUGUAGCCGGUACUUGGUCGAUUUUGGAAGAUCGUGCGAGAAACUUCUACGUGGGGGAAGGAAUAGGAGAGGAUUACCUUAUGUUGGAUUGUGCAAAGGGUAAGAUAUGUGUGGCUAAAGUGGAAGAUUUCUUGGCGUGUUUGGUUGCAGAAGAGACUGUUGAACUUGGCUUAUUAAAGGCAAAAAUGAAAGGGUUAUCAGGGUACCUGAAAGAAGAGUUGUCUUUUGUUGAAGAAGCGUUCAAAUAGUUUUUUGUAUAAAAAAUUUUAAUUUUAU